UCAUGGCGGCCGCUGCAUGAAUAAUGAGUAUUGCGGAAUUGCUAUUCAAUUCGUUGCUCGUUGUGAUUUUAAUUAAAAAGUGUCGUUAAAUCAAGCUAGUGCAAGUAAACUAUAAUUAAUAACGUCAUGGUUUGAGUUACCAAGCGUCACCGUGUAGAGUUUUAGCAAAUUAAGUGUAUUUUCACAGUGGACUAUGUGCUAACGCUAAGCAUUAGCAAGCAUUAGGUUGUAACCAUGACGCAGUUUUUACCUCCUAAUUUGCUUGCCCUGUUUGCGGCGAGGGAUCCUAUCCCUUAUUUGCCGCCUGCAGCGAAGCUCCCGCAUGAGAAAAAACAAAAAGGCUACGAUGGCGUCGGCGCUUUUCUCAACAUCUUUGAGCAUCCAUCAGAAACGCCGCCGCCCACCCGCGUGGAAACCCGAGAGGAGCGCGCGGAGCGUCGUCGCCGCGAGCGCGCAGAACAGACAGCCUAUAAGCUGGAACAAGAGAUUGCACUGUGGGACCCGGUGGCUAACGCGAGGGCCACUGCUGACCCUUUCAAGACGCUGUUUGUGGCCAGAAUUAACUAUGACACAUCAGAAUCUAAACUGAGGAGAGAAUUUGAAGGCUAUGGAGCCAUUAAAAAGAUAUACAUGGUGUACAACAAAGAGGACGGAAAGCCGCGAGGCUACGCGUUCAUUGAGUACGAGCACGAACGCGACAUGCACUCGGCGUACAAACACGCGGACGGCAAGAAGAUCGACGGCAAACGGGUGCUGGUCGACGUGGAGCGAGCGCGGACCGUCAAGGGCUGGCUGCCGAGGAGGCUCGGUGGCGGACUGGGCGGAACCCGGCGAGGUGGUGCCGACGUGAACAUCAAGCACUCGGGCCGCGAGGACAACGAGCGUGAAAGAGAACGCUACAGCCGCGAGCAGAGAGAGAGGGACGAGCCGCGUGGUGGGCGCCGGCGCAGCCGCUCGCGUUCACCGCGCCGGCGCAGCACGUCCCGCUCUCGCCGCCGCGAGAAGGAACGAGACAGACCGAGGGACGAAGAGCCGGCUGAGAACCGCCGCCGGCGCCGCUCUCGCUCCCGCUCUCGCCGGCGCGACAAGGACAAGGAGAAGCACCGCGACCGCGACGCGCGCGCAGACCGCGACCGCGACCGAGACCGCAAGCGGCCGCGCAGGGAUAAGGACAAGGAGAAGCACCGCGACCGCGACGCGCGCGCAGACCGCGACCGCGACCGCGACCGAGACCGCAAGCGGCCGCGCAGGGAUAAGGACAAGGACCGCGAUCGCAAGGAGCCCAAGCUGCGGGUCGACGAAAUCAAGGUCAAACAGGAACCGCAUACCGAUUAUCCCGAAUUCACGUUGCCAGCCAUGGACGUUCAGAUCAAACAGGAGCCAGCCGACGAGGACGAAAACAAAUACAACCCGGAGGAGGCCAACGGGGACGAUUACAACUAUUAAACAGUCGGGCUAUUUACACAUUUUUUUGUAUAGUUUUUCUCUCAAAACUCACUUUUUUUGGGUGUCUUAGAAUUGGGGACAAGGAGAAUAGUAAACGUAGUCCUCAUUUUCCUCUCUGGUUAUUAAAGCCUGACCAGGAAUAUAUGAUCACGCACCAUGUUGCGGAAUUUCACUGGAACUAAUUUUUACAUACUAUAUGAACUAUUACCCUAUACAUGAAAACAUCAUGAGAAUGAACAGCGCCCCCUUGACAAUGAUCAUAUAUUACUGGUCAGGCUUUAACAUUAUAGAAAGUAUUUUUACACAAUUAUUGAAAUUAUUGAUUUUACUGAAAUUGAAAUUUGAUGUAUGUUGAACCUUAACUACGCCUCUUCGUUUGGUUUUUUUCGAUUUUAAGAUUAUUAUAAGAGUUAGGAGCAAAAAACAAAUUCAAUACAAAUUUUUAAAUGCUCCUAAGUUUUAUAAUAAUUAAAAAUUCGAAAAAAUCCAACGAAGGGGCAUAGCUUGUGGUUGACAUACAUCAAAUUUUGUCUAAAUAUUUUCAAUUUUGUUAAUAAUAAUAACUUAACGUCCACCUGCCAUAACAGUGUUUUAACAUUGUUAUGGCAGGUGUCCGGAGUUCUUUACAAUAGCCCAGUCUCAUUGUCCACCCAAACUUCAAUCCAUAGACCGGUAUACUGUUCACUUUCUGCAAUAGUCCCAAUGCCUGCUGCGACCGGUUCAUGGGUGUCUAUUGUUGCGCCUGUGAACGGGUUCCAGCAGGCGUUCUACAUGACAUUAAAGCUCUCCAAGGGGCCUCUACGUGUUGGAUCUAUAUCCCCACGCAAGCCUAUCAAAAGACCGGGAUUUAUAGGCCCGUGAUAUCGAAGGAGAUACAAAUAACUUAAUAUCCAGAGAGGAAAAUGAAAUGAAGAUUACGUUUUUAUGAAGAGGCGGUAUCGGGGUGGUCCUCCACUUUCGUUUUAACGCUAAGUAAAUAAAAAAAACCGGCCAAGUGCGAGUCGGACUCGCGCACCGAGGGUUCCGUACUUUUUUAGUAUUUGUUGUUAUAGCGGCAACAGAAAUACAUCAUCUGUGAAAAUUUCAACUGUCUUAGCUAUCACGGUUCAUGAGAUACAGCCUGAUGACAGACAGACGGACAGAGGAGUCUUAGUAAUGGGGUCCCGUUUUUACCCUUUGGGUACGGAACCCUAAACAGUAUCGGAAUUACAGAUGUGAAUAAUCAGAGUCACGUCAUUUCGAUUUAAGAUUCGAUAAUAGGGAAAUAGAAAUAUACUUAGUCCAUAUUGUAA